CUUUGAUUUAAACGUCAUAGGGUUUGAAGUUUGAUUUCAUUAGGUCCUCAGCAUAGUUAAUACCUACACAUAAUAUUUAAAAUAAUCAGCCUUUAAAAAAGCUUUUAUUGUAGUAAAACGAAAAAAAUAUAACUAAUAUUAGUUAUGUUGUAGAUCCAGUCAUCAUCAUUAAGGUUGUAAAAAAAAUUUACAUCCCAAAAACGAUUCUUAUUAGGUAUUGCAAUGGAUAUCGAACCCGCAGCCAAAGAACACCGCGAUUUUGAAAUGGACAAACCAUCGAAAUUCGGCUUAAAACUUCCCUUAGAUCAUGAAUUUCCCCUGAAGAGCAAGCAGAUUAUAAUUCCAAGACCAAAACAAAUACUGGACAUGAUACCGCUUUCAGUCAGGUAUUUCAAGUAUUGUUUGAGCAAAAAACUGCGUAAAAGGCGUCCAAUAAUGGAUUAUUUCCAAAUGAUUUCAGCACAGCGAAUGUACGGAUGUCCCAUUGGUGGAAUUGGAGGUGGAACCAUAGGGAGGGGUUUUAAAGGGGAAUUUUGUCGUUUUCAACUACAUCCUGGUAUAUAUGAAUAUGUCACUGUCCCAGAAUGCCAGUUUAUUGUAAACAUAAGGAAUGCUAACAAUGAGACAAUAUUCCAAUCAGUUCUUUCCACCUACAGCAAACCAAAGAAAGCCCCGGCAUCUUGGGAAUGGAACCUUGAUGGUGCAAAAUGUGAAUACACAGCACUGUAUCCGAGGGCAUGGACAACAUAUGAUCUGUCAAAAUAUGGUGUGAAACUUGUGUGUAGACAAAUAUCACCAGUAAUACCUCAUAACUAUAAGGACAGCAGUUUGCCGUGUGCCGUUUUUGUUUUCACCGCGACUAACACCACCGAUGAGCGCAGAGACGUGAGCAUCAGUUUCACUUGGACCGAAGUACUGGGAUGUUCGAAUAAGAAGAAGUCAUUAGAUAAAAUCGAUUUGGAAAGGUAUUCUGAGGACUAUACGUGCGGAGUUUCGUUAGAGCAAAGAAUCGGCGAAAGCUUAUGUACGUUUACGAUAGCGAAAAAGAAAGUCGAUGACGAAACGAUCCACCAGGGCUAUUGCCUGUGGAACGCGGCGAAGACUUCCAACUACGUUUGGGAAUGCAUAAAGAAAGAUGGGAAGCUAACUCCGGAUCCAAACUUAACUCCACCGCCGCCCAAACUUCCCGACAAAGACGCACAAAAGAAAAAGAAAGACAAAGAAAAAAAGAAACUGUAUAAAUGUGAUUCAGUCGCCCUGUCCAGCGUCAUAUCGUUAGAUCCAGGGGGAGUUAGUUCAACGGAGUUUUGUCUGGCCUGGGAUAUGCCUGUAGUUAAAUAUAGAAACGACAAAAAAAUUCACAGAAGAUUUUACACGAAAUAUUUUGGUAGUGACGGCAUAGCCGGUGCGAGCAUAGCUGCCUACGCUCUAAAGCAUUACAAAAAUUGGGAAAAACAGCUUCUUGAAUGGCAGGAGCCAAUUUUAACUAAUUACAAUAUACCAGACUGGUUGAAAAGUGCCUUAAUGAACGAGCUUUAUUUUGUCGCCGAUGGCGGAACGAUUUGGUUUGAUGCAAGCGACGAAUUUCCAGAAACGGAUCCUAGGCAUGAAUUCGGCUUAUUUGGAUAUUUAGAAGGACAUGAGUAUAAAAUGUACAAUACAUAUGACGUCCAUUUUUACGCGUCUUUUGCUCUAGCGCAGCUGUGGCCAAAUUUACAGGUGGCGCUGCAGUAUAUGUUUCGCGAUACUAUAGGUCUUGAAAGUGAAAAAAGUAGAAAGUCAUUAUAUGACGGUAAAGUAGUGAAAUUCAAGAUCAAAGAUUCCGUACCUCACGACCUAGGCGAUCCAGAUGGAAAGCCGUUUGUGAAUAUAAAUUCUUACAAUAUCCACGAUGUCAGCGAUUGGAAGGAUCUCAAUUUGAAGUUUAUCCUUCAAGUGAUACGGGACUAUAGAGUCUUACGUGCCUACGCUGCUCCCUUCACCGAUGACAAGUUGUACAGGUCCAUGCCGUUCAUAGACGACGUGAGGGAGGGAACCGAGGACGACCUGUACUCUCGCGCCACGGGACAGUGCGACGAGUCCGCGCGUCCCGCCCCCGCGCCGUCCCCCCCGCCGCCCCCCGCCGCGACGCCGCAGGAUCGCGCGCCGCGUGACGUCGCCGACAUCCUCGAGCUGCUGUACAGAAGCGGCGAGGAGGAGGUCGGCGCCGGCGAGAGCGUCGCGGAGCCGCGCGACCCCCCCGCCAACGUGUGGCAGGACAGUCGCUACCUCGCCGACAUGUACCCCGCCUGCGUCUCGCUGCUGCGCCGCGCCGCCGCCUGGGACCGCGACGGCGACGGACUCAUCGAGAACGACGGCUUCCCCGACCAGACCUACGACAUAUGGGUGAUGACGGGACCCAGCGCGUACUGCGGCGGGCUGUGGGUGGCGGCGCUGGGCGCGGUGCGGACCAUGGCGCAGAUCCUCGGCCGCGAGGACGACGAGCGCGAGUUCGCCGAGCGCCUGCAGAGGGCGCAGGCCGCGUACCAAGAGAAGCUCUGGGUCGGCUCCUACUACCGGUUCGACACCAAACCGGCCAACGAAAAAGUGAUAAUGGCGGAUCAAUUGGCGGGACACUGGUUCCUGCGGGCGUCCGGAUGGACCGAAGCGGUGUUCCCGCAAGCGAAUGUGCGAAAAGCACUGAAAACAAUUUUCGACAAUAACGUGAUGAAGUUCAAAGGGGGCAAAAUGGGCGCCGUGAACGGAUUUGUGGCCGAAGGGAAGGGGCACGUGCACACCGUCGCGCUGCAGAGCGAGGAGGUCUGGAUCGGAGUCACGUACGGCCUGGCCUCGCUCAUGGUCUACGAAGAUAUGCACGACGAAGCGUUCGUGACUGCGGGUGGUCUGUACCACACGCUGACGCAGAUGGGUCUGUCGUUCGAGACCCCGGAGGCGCUGUACGAGAACGGCAACCACCGCUCCAUCGCGUACAUGCGCCCGCUGGCGGUCUGGGCGCUGCACCAGGCGCUGCUGGCGCGCCCGCCCCCCCGCCUCCCCGCUGCCGCCGCCCCGCCGCCGCCGCAUCAACGCGCACACAACAACACGCAAUUAUAACAUCAUCUCAAAACCAGCGCCUGUUUGACCAGAAAACGGUUAUCAGCUAAGUUAAGAAUACCCGUAGACUCAUUUUUUAGUCGUGGAACCGUUCCUAUAGAAUUUGACUGUACUUCUUGGUUCAGAGCCUUGACCUCACGGCUGUCUCUCUCUAAAUUUGUGUGGUUCAAAAUGAAUCGACCGUUAUGAUAAUUAAAGUGUGGUGGUAAACCCUUACAACCUUCGAAGAUAAUAAAAAGAACGAUUAGUAACAAAUUAUUUAUUUUCAAGACUCGGACAAGUCUCGCACUUGCAAGAACGAUCCGCAUGAACUUAUUUUUGUUUUGGGGAAUUUGAUCACCUUAUUAUGUUCUCAACACGUUUUGUUAAAUGUAAAAAUUUGUUAUUACAAUGUUUUGGCAACAGACAAACAGCGGACUCUGUUCAUGAACUCAGUGGCAGAAUAAUUAAAAGUGCUCCGAUAAAAUAAACAAUUGGAAAAUAUAUUGGUAAAUACAACUCACUGAUUCUUAUUGUGCUGGAUCGAUCUAUGAGCUGGACUACCUUGUAACUUAUUUAAAUAAUAGUACAAAUUCGAAGAUGACACCUUGUAGCUAUAUAAUUAGAUACCGUAGAUUGGGGGAACCGGGACCCUUUCCAAUUCCAACACAAAUUUUCAAUAGUCUAUCUUAGGUUAAUACCAAUAAAAUUGAGAUUAAAAUGGUUUCAGAGGCUUAAAUUAUUAUAUAAGAUGCAUUAUUAUACAUAGUUCAUUCAUAUACACAAAAACUAAAAAAAAUAGCUUGACCCGAUUCACCUUGGCUUUGGGGUGAAUCAGGUUACGUAUGGGGACAAUAGAGUUUUUCGAUAGGGCUGGCACUAUUUAGUUGUUAGGUAGGUACCUAAAUUUAGGUAAUUAACUUUUUAAUAUAUUUUAUGAGUUACAAAGUUUUGAUGACUAAAUUAAACUCUAUAAUAUUCUUAAACCCCAAAUCAAAGUCGUUUUCAGUGCAACAAAGUUAAAAUUCUAACAACCCAACAAAAGUAUUGUGACAUCCCAGAUUUGUCCCUAUUCGAACUGUAGUCUCUAUUCCUCCCAAUCUUUUUUUUUUAUGAUUGAAGGAUUACUGGUGGCCCGGAGGCCUUUCCAGUAUCACCAGGACAGGUGGGCGAGCAAAGGCUCAGCCAACCCUCCUCCCAAUCUAUUGUAUGUAUGUAUGUUUGUCUGUUUCCAAUAAUAAUGCAACUUUUAUAACAUUUUAUAAUAUUGUGAUAAAUUUAAAAUCAUGCAAUAACUUAAGAAAAUUGAUUGAUUAUUUCAAAAUCAUCAUUUCUCAAUUAUCAUUUCUCCAACGCCAGUCAGUCGUACAAUUGUAUAGUUAUAGGCGUAAAGUGCAAAGUCGUCUUGUGUUUAAUGAUAUUCAAUUAUCGAAUCGGUUAUUCGAAUCUUAUUUCUAUCUUCCAAUCGUUCCGUUCGUAUAUUUCGUUCUUUUUUUCCCCUACCUAUUCGUUGGUAGCCUAAGGGGCUAUUACAGUUAUGCCCGAAAGGGUAGGUGAGCUCGCGAGCUCAGCCUUAAUAGAAUUAGCUUCUGGUUUAAAUAUGUAAUAACGGUGGUUUAUUAACUUCAACGAAACUUCUCGGCAUCCUACAAAAUAGGUCCACUGAAAAAGUCUCAGUAAAUGACCACAAUUUUACUGAGAUUAUUAGGGAGAAAUUUCAUCCAUAUCAUCUCAUCUUAUUUCAUUUAAUUUCACUCCAUAAUAUAAUUUUUCAUAAAAAUAAGAAUAUAAAUUAAAAUAAGACUUGAUCUAAAUGUCUUAGUUACCAAGUCAUAAAAUCCCCUAAAAAAAGCCUUGAGAGGCUAUAUCAUAGUUACCCUAGCGUGUAGGUGAGCUCUCGGGGCUCAAACCGGAGGUGUUGCUAGCACUGGCCCUAGCAAGGGCAGUGCUGGGCACUAUCUACCACCGGAUUGGAAUCGCAACCCACUGAGAAGAUUCGGCAAGAAAAUCAGUGAGCUGUGCCUAUGGGCAAGUUAACGUACUUUCAAAACGAUUGCUAAGACAACCGUUUCGGGAAUUAAUUGAAAAAAAAAGCGGUUUGUUUUUUUUUUCAAAAAUUCUGACUAUUUACUACUUAGUCUCUUUCUUGGACUGAUAAAAAAAUAAUUUACAAUAUUAUCAGUAGUUUGUGAGUUUAUACUUUUGAUAUUGUUUUAGAUUGUGUAGGAGUUUUAUGAUGUAAAACGUAUUAAUCGACACAGACUAUAACAAUGUUGAUUUCAUUUUUUGAAAUCAAGCAAAUCGAAUGUCCGUAUUAAAAAUUACAUCCUAAAACUAGCAAGGUUAAUUUUUUUUUUUAAAUAAAAUAAAAGUGACAUGAAUUUAUAACAAUGCAGAAGUAUUUUCGAUCUUACCGGGUAACACGAAACAACGGAAUUUCGACUCGAGUCGAGUUCGAGAGAGUAUUAAUGUUUUUACUUACAUCAUGUAUUGUUUAAAUUAAAACUGAAUAAAGAAUUGGUGCAUUCUUUGGUGGUACUUUAUAUAAUGCAGUCGCCAUGUCUGUCUUUUAAGACAGGUUAAAAUAUUCUUUAGACAUUUAGAUGGACGUACGAAUCGUAAUAAAGUCCCUGACAAAACUGUAAACAGUAUUUUAAAUAUUAAAUAAAACAGGUACUGAUUUUAAAUUUUUUAUUAGUUACCAACUUGUUUUAUAGAUUUUUUAAAUUUUAUGUUGUAUUUUAAUUUUAUGAAAAUUGUUGUAAUUUAAUCUAUUUGUUUACCGAUGUAUUGAUUUCAAAUCAAUUUGUACACGUUAUUAUGAAAAGUCACGUCUGUGUCUGCUUUAAACGUGUUCAUUUUUUAAAUUGAUUAAUAAAUUUAAUUUAUUAAAAUAUUACAUUAAACCAAGUACCAUAACUAAGUAGAAAGAAAAAAAAAAAUUGUAGGUUAUACCUAUUGUUUGUUUUUUCUAUUUAAAUCAUGACACAGUCGUUACUUAUACAAAUCAUUUGUGUUAUUUAAAAUCGGAUAGUUGCCAAAUAAAUUGUUUUUUUUGUACA